UUUCUUAUAAUACAAGUUAAAUUAACACAGAUGCAAAUUAUUUUGGAGCCUUCCCAGGGAAGAAAUGUGAAUAAAAUAAAACAUCCUAGUUCAAACAGCUGAGUGUAAAGGAUUGUGGGAAAUGUAUUCACUUGCAUCCACAUUAGCAUCUCUGUUCUGUAUUUUAGUGUCGUUUGGGGACUUCGGUUCCCAUGAUGCAUUUCGAGUUGCCAUGCUGCUCACACAAAUACGUGCGCUCCUUGAAGACAAGUGGAGGUGCUGAAAGCGAUGGAUAAUGCAGCACCGUACAAGAAAAAGAAAGAUGCUGCUGCAGAUUUCAACAUUCCCACAAGCACUUUGAAAACCGUUCUGAAAUAACGGGAUACAAUAAUACAGGCCUGUGAACAGCAAACUGCAUGCAAGUCGUCAGCGUUUCUGAUUUGCUCAAUACCUGAUGCUGAGGACGCCUUGCUUCUGUGCUUUAAAAAUGCCUGUGAUCAGAAUGUGCCUGAAUCUGGAAUCACUAUGAGACACACCCUGAGGAAUGAGCACAGCAGCUGGGACAUGCACAUUUCAACUGCAGUUCAUUUGCCAUGUAUACUUUUUAAAAGCUCACUUACAACUGUAAUUACAUUUAUAAUACUUUUCACUGUAGCUGACUGUAAUUGAAAUUUGAUUUCAGUCUCACUGUAACUUCAAUACAAACUGACCAUAUGCAUUUGAGACUGCUGAUAAUCAGAAUUACUGAUAACACGUUUUUGCUGGUCCCUUGAAAUUCAUUUUCAUGAGAAUUGACAGUAUGUGUAUAUCUGGUGUACAUGCGCGUCCGCAGUUAGGAACUGGUUUAGGGUGCAAUAAGGAAACUAUAUAACAAUAUAUAACAAGCAUCAUUACAUUUAGAUUUGCUCCCCCCAGUCAUACAGUUAAUAAAGUGUUUUAAAAAACAAUCACCAUCUCAAAUAAACAACCAAAGAACAUUCUGCAAUGAAAUUGAGUUAAAAAAAAAAUGUUUUACUGACUAUACCUUACUACUUCUUAUCAUUUGCAUGAUUUAUUUUAAUUGCAAAUCUAUAUACUGCACUAUUUCAGUUUUGUUACAGGAUACAUUAGUUUAUCUCUAAUGUAAUCACAGUUUUAUAUAUACACUGCCCCUGUUCUGAGGCUAUAUGCCAAAUUCUGGACCGCUUUGCUUUUCAGAUAACGUCCCAAAUUCUGGCCUUUUCUGCUGUUCCGAAUUCAGCCGAGUUUAUGGGAUGUUCUGUUCUUACACAUGACAGCCCAGUUUCUAGGUCAUACUCUCCCCAAAUUUUGUUUUAAGAAGAAACAGAAAUCAAUUUUUUUUUUUUUAAAGCUUAUUUAUUUAUUACAAUGAAGAAACUGCAUCACACUGAAAUAGAUUAUUAAAGGUUAAUAUUAAAAUACAUUUUUGAGAAGGAAUAUGGCAUUCCAAAAAAAGGACAUCUCAUUUGCUUAUGUAAUGUCCAUCAAUAUACAGUCAU